UUUAAAGUUAUUUAAAAAAUGUUCCAACAAGUAGGCGUCACGUUUUUCCUCUUUCCUUUAUAACUAAACUACGGUUAAUAAUAUUAAAGAUCAUAAUUACAGUAGAAAAGCACAUGGUAUAUCGCGCAAGCGAGCUAAUACGUUUAUUUAUAUAUCGAGCUGUAUCUGGCCAUAGGCGCCGCUACUGUCGCGAUUUCAAAGCCAGUAUGCAGUGUCUCGAACAGCUUUCAAGUGCUUACUAAUAUAGCACAACAAAAAACCCAAAGAAAUAAAUAUCAAAACGUUUUAUACUUGUGAAUCGGUCUGUAAUACAAGAAUUAUAAAACGUCACAUGCCUGAUAAACACAACGUAAUAACAAACCCAAUAAUGUUGUAAAGGAACAUUUCAAAACUAGAAAACAUUAAUUGCGCAAAUUAAAUCUUCAAGAUACAGUUCUAUAACACCUGUCAUUAUUGAGAGUCAUUGCACAACCAAAAUUAGACGAAAAUUACCACGUGAAUCUCGUUCUUCCUCACUGUACUUGAUUCAAGAAACGUGAGACCGGAAAGAUCGAGGAUGGCUGAGAAAGUAACGAAGAAUCAAAAAUUGCAUGAACAGUCAAUGAAAACCGCAGUACAAUCUCAACUCGCCAAAAUAAAAAAGGAGGAAGAAGAAGAAUUAUGGAUAUCAGGGGAAGAAUUGUAUACGGAGGGUAGCAGUGACGAAGAAGAGUACGAAGCGCAAUUACGAUCGCGCCGCAAAAUCAAUAGCGAUCAAUCAUCACGCACCUCUUCGGCUAAUCCUAGCGUCGAACUACGAGGUCAUUCACCCGUUCCAUCUGAAAUCAAAUCGAAAUCAGACUAUUUUAUGGGUGCUCGUAAGGACAAUAUUACUGAAAAUCAAUUAAUGCUGAAAUUUGUAUCGCAAUAUGACAAAACCUCGUCGAAAGAUUCGAGUCGAACACCGCCAAUAGAAUCUCCAAGAUCCGAUCGUCUUCCUACGACGGAAACAUCUAUGAGUUCAAUUACAAAAGAUUUUUCUGAACUUUCAACCACGGAAGACCAAAUAGAAAACAUGGAAAUUUCAUGGAAAGCAAACAAAGAGUUAUUACAUAACAAUGAAGAAUUGUUCGGAAGUGAAUGGGAUGAUGACACUAAUAUUUCAAACAUUACUGCGCAAGAUGAAUGUAUACGAAAAGAAAUUUUAGAAGUGGAAAAUCUUGAUAACGUUAUACACGUAAUGAACGAUAAAAUAAAAGUAAAUUGCUUGUUAUUGUAAGAUGAAACACCGAUCAUUUUUUUAACACUGUAAGCGAAAAUGUUUUAAUCAUACAACAGAAAGCAAUCGAAGAAACUGUAUUGUAUCAAUAUGAAAAUCGAAAACGGCUAGAAAAAAUGUUAGAAUCGAAUCCAUCUGAAACUGGUAAACUAGCAGAAAAUACACGGCAAUUCUUUUACUUAUGUCCCAAAUAUACAACGUUAAAUACAGGUAUGACAAUAAAGUUAUAAUGCGCGAAAGAUUUCCAUAAUAAUAUAUUAAUCAAGAGAUUAUUGGAUAUUUUAAAUAGUAUAUAUUUUAUAUCUAUAUAUCUAAUAUUAUUUAUUUACAUAAUUAAAAAAUCUAACAAAAAAAUUGUAUUUUAAAAAAUUGCUAGAAAAAAAGCAAGAAUUUCGUAAAUGUAACGACUCGAACAUAUUGACCGAGACGAAUAAUUAUGAACGGCAACUAUUUCAAAAUAAAGAUGAUAUAAAUCUUUCAAAUCUUGAUAGCAAAGUAAGUUAUAUUAAUAAUCGUACUGUAUGAGAAUUACAAUUUUUCAUUUAUUUUUCUCAAACUUUAUCUCUUACCGGAAAGGAUAAAUGGAAGUUUAUUGAUUCAACUUAUUAUGUUGAAAAUAUAAAUGAUGUAAUAGAAGAUUCUAGUAGUAAUCCAUAUAUGAUGAAUGCAGAGAUGAAAGAAAUGUUAUUGAAAUUGAAUAAAAGAGUGAGUUAGAAAAAGUUCAAAUUAAUCAAAACAUUAUUUUAAAGCAAUAGAUUUUUCAGGAAAAUUUAUCUAAUAGACAAGCAUCUUUAAAAGAAAAUGGUAGUAUAUUUAAUAUAAAUAAUGCAAUUUCGACAUUUGGUAAUAUAUCAACAAUAGAAAGUGUACAGGAUAUUUAUAAUGAUCUUAUAGAUGAAGUAAUAAAGGAAACUCAAAUUAUUAAUACAUCAUCAACUGUAAAUGUCGCUGAAAACGAAUUAAACAUGUAAAAUGGAUCAUUUUUCUAAAUUUAUAUAAUUAGCUUUAUACUGUUACAACUUUGUCAGAGUGUAUUAAGUAAUAGAUAUAUUAUUUACAGUA